AUGGAUACGCAUGGAGUCAAGUUGGACACUCUUAAGGAGUGCUUUGAGUUCUUGGACUGGUUGAACGGCCCAAAAGGUCAAAAAAGUAAUGUGGUAACUGAGUUAGUACAAAGGUUGACGCCUUCUUUUCCAAAAAUGCCAAGUUUUAAGCGGGGGUUACACGUUCAAUAUGUUAAUUUCCUAAAUAAUGUGUCCGCUCUACGUACUAAAUUGUUAUCUAAUAAAAUUACUACACCGAGUAAUUAUGUUAACACAAGGGAUAAAACUCAAAUUCUUGACGCGCUUUUAGGAUGCAUCCCCAAGUUUCUUGCUGCAUUAUAUUACUUGCAGUAUCACGUGGAUGAUGCGUUUAGCAAUGUUGGCGGUGGAGAUUGGGCUUCACAGUCGCUGCAGAGAGGCGAGCUUUGCAAUUUUCUAACUACCGGAAAUAACAUUCUUCGUGGUGGGUUCAGUGUCCAUGAGGUUAAUAAUAUAGAGGGACGUGCAGUAGCAAACGAACUGAGAAAGAUUUUGAAUAAGGAAGUUGACACUAGAACAAAAAAUCCUGUGCAUGAUCAUUUUAGAAAUGUUACAUUGACAAUUUCGAAUAAACCGUGGCAUGCCGUCAACACUGGAAACACUGUAUCUUUGGUUAAUGUAUUUUGCGUGUUGGUUGCCGGAGAGAAGGAUGCUGACGGUGGGGCUUUUAAAGCGGCUUUAGAGAAGGGCCUUGGAAAAAAGAUAUGUUGGCAAGAUUUAAAAAACCAUUGUCAACUUCUGAAGGAACACAUCGAUACGCUGACGGGAGCAGGAUUUUCUGUUACCGGUAGAGGGAUUACGCCUACACACGCAGUCAAUUUUGCCAAGACAUCCGCUACAUGGUUUAGAGCAAACUUGCCAAAAGCCGCAGGCGAAUUGAGUGAAAUGAUACCUCAGUCAAUCAAUUCGCAGAAGACUGAACUGCAAUCAUUUGCCAACGAUAAACUUUAUCCCCGUGGGUUCAUUUUCGACGGCAGUAAACCGAACGUUUUGAAAAGGGGCUUGCCGCAGCAGUGGACUCUUAAUUUACAGAGAUUCAACGAGCUUGAAAGUAAGCUGAUACAGCUUAAAGCAAUCUUAGAAGGUGAGUAUACAGCAUCGUGUCCCAAUCUUGCCCCCCCACCUGUCACUUCCUCCGAAGCACCCAAGGCAGUUGCGCCGGAGAGAAAAUCUGCUCGAGAAUCCACGUCAACAAAGCCCGCUGUCAAAACCGAGGCGGCGAAGCCUGUUGUAAGUCAAUCCAAAGUAACUCCAAAUCAGAGCCAGAAAUCUGAGGGAGCACAGAACCAGGCCAAGAAAGUGGAGGGAGCACAGAACCAGGGCAAGAAAGCUGAGAGAAAUCAAAAUCAAACCAAAGCUCAAAGUGGAAGAAAUCCUUCAAGUUCAUCAGCUACCACAUCUUCUCCAUCUCCGAGUACCGGUGUUAAAGGAGCGCCAGGCCCUGCAGGGCCUCAAGGUGGUAAAGGCACACAAGGGCCUACUAGUACCGGCUCUACAACAUCUUCUUCGUCUCAAAAUACUGUUACAUCUCAACAUACUCCACCUCAACCGCCGGCAAACCCUCCCCCUCGAGCUGAUCCCAGCACUCCUGCAGGCCCUGUCUCCUCUAGUAAGCCGGGUAGCGGGGGUGGGAGUGCAAAUGGCGGUGCUGCUCAAGGUUCGCAUACUGCUGGCGCUUCACAGCCGUUACCUCCUAAAUCGUCAAGUGCUCUCUCUCCACGUUCUUCGUCAUCUAGUGUCUCUGGUAACAAUGGUGGUCCGGGGCCUUCCUCUGCGCCUGGUCAACCGGGUGGGCAGAGUAAGGGAUCGCAGAGUGGUGCCCCUUCAUUAACUGGGCAAUCUCAGAAUCCAAGUAUUUCAAGCUCAGGGACUCCGUCACAUGGUGUCCCUAGUACCGGUAGUGGUAAGGUGUCUGCUUCUGUGCCUGGUCAGCAAGGUGGUACGAGUAAAGGUCCAAAUGACGGUAGUCCUACAGCUCAACAGCCUGGUGCCCCUGCACAGAAUGUAACCACUCAGCCUUCAAGUGAUUCCAGUCCUGUCCCCCCGUCAUCCAGUGUCCCUGCUCCAGUCGGUGGUCAGGGCACGGGUGACCAGGGGUCCACUUUUAGCACCACUCAACAAAAUGGCCAAGGUACAUCGCCAAGUUCUACCACCGCUGCUACUACGGCAACCACUGGUUCGGGUGGCGGUGGCGGUGGAGCUGGAGGGGUUGGUGGGAGUAAUGGGAAGGGAGUUGGUCAGGAUCCCGCUUUGGUUAAACAACAUUCGCCGACGUGUCCUGCCAAUCAAAUUAAAUCCGUAGAUAUGUCUGGCACAUCAUUCUGUCGUCCUAAGCCGAAUAAGUCUUAUCGCAAACCUCUCUCUGAAAACGCAGAAAAUAAAAUCGCAAAUGCUUAUGAGAAAACAGUCGUAAAAAACAUACUAAAUGACCGUAAUACUAAACAUCCAAAUCGUAAAAUUCCGCAAUUUCAAAUUCCACCCAACCGUCCAACUCCAACCAGCCCUGUUGCUCCCGGGCCUUCCCGUCCAAUUCAUCCCACCCCCUCAGUUCAGCCCAGCCGUCUUGCUCCCGGGCCUUAUCCUCUGCCUCCCGGUAGCCGUGAUGGUCAGGGACGUCGGUACUAUGAGCCAGCAGAAGGUAGAGGUAGGCAUGACGAUGGUAGCAUGGCCGUUAAUCAACCUUCCGAAUUUGAUGGUCAGCCAAUUCCAGAUACCGCUUCUAAGGAACUACAGGAAAAAAUAAAGAAAAAAGUUGAGGGCAUUAAAUUUCUGAAAUCGUUGGAAAGUACAGCUCAGCAGGAGGAAGUGGAACAGCUUAGACGAGAUGAAGAAACAGUGAACACGGAACAAGAAAAGAAGGCUAAGGCGGAGUGGGAAAAGCGGAAACAACAGGGCAAAGGAGUGAAAAAGCAUGAUGAGGAUUUAGAUAGAAUACAGAAAACAUUGCAACGUAGCAACAGAGCUAAUGAAGCGCGCUUAAGACAGGAAGAGGAGCAGAGGAAAUUUAUAGAGGCUGCGCCGCAAUUAGAUGGGUCGCAGCCAACCGACGAUGCCUAUGGUGAGCACUGGCCGUGGUGGUAUCCUGGUCUGCUGUAUCGCGAAAUAACGGGCAAACCUAUCGACGAUGAUUUGCCGGAGCGAUUGCAAGAUCAACGAGAUAGGCUGUUUCAUGAGAAAAUUCAAGAUGAUUUGGGUCGACACAUAGACGAGCGGAAAGCGCUGCAAACAUUGGAGCGGAAAGAAAAGGAUCAAAUCAAAAAACACAACAAGGAUGCGGAAGAGGAAUUAAGACGGGGGAGGAUUCAGCAUAUGCAAUUGAAUCCGCCUAUUACAACUGUUCUUCCUGCAUUACCUGAUCCUCGCGAAUUGCCAGAUUCACUCAAGCAUCCAGAUAUUACAUUUAAAGUAGUAGACUCUACCGACAGGCAAAGCUUUGCGCAGAAGAGUAAGGAUGCAGCGCAGCGUAUAAAGGACCAUUACGAGAAACAGAGGCAACGUGUAGCGGACGAAAAGAAAGUGUAUAAAGAAGAAUUGGAACAAAAGGAGAAGAAUGCUACCCAGGCACAUGUGGAAAGCAUAAAGCGUGCUGGAGAAAUUGUUCAAAGUGAACAUUUGAAAAAAAUGUUCCAUGGAGGUGACUUUGAUAUCGCUUUGGCACCAUCACUAAACGUGGAUGAUUUCGAAGACAACGCACAUGAAGCUUAUCGAAUUUAUGGUCCAAGCCCUAAAAAAACGUCCGAUGAAAUUUUUGAAUAUAAUCCCAAAUGGAACAAUGUUAUAAACUACGGUCUCAUCGUUGAUCCUAACCCCAACAUGUGCAAUAACCCAUGGAAUUACGCUCAUGAUUCUGCCACCUCAUCAACCCUCCCCCUUCCACCAGACUCCGACCAUCUACCGCCUCCCACCAACGUCAAGGCCAUGCUCUUCUGGCUGGUCGGUCUCAAUGCGUACGGACUUAUUGCCAAAAUGGAGAGACACAUCGAAGGCCUGUUGAUGGUGUUCAACGGCGAUACAUUCUACCCUAAGUAUGCCCUCCAGGUCAACGGGGAUCUAUCCUCCUUGUCCGCAUCUCAUAUCGCCGACACCCUUACCGAGGCUUGUCUCUACUCCGCACACGUCCUGAACGGAAUAAUGCGUAUGCAAUCCGGCGAUGCUCUAUCUGACAUCGACUUCAAAUUAGAAUAUGAUAAACUUCAUUAUUCCCCCGACCCAGCCUGCCUCCUCUGCCAGCUGCGUGACUACGUCUACGCCUGCUGCCACCAGUUGGCGUUCCUGAAGGCGCAGUGUAAACGAGGUAAAUCCCUUGGUGGUUGGCAGGAUUCUAAAUAUGGCAGUGACAUCAAGACAUCGUCCCCCCUCCAGGCGUUCCUGACUGACGGCUGGGACUCCGACUUCGAGACUCACCCCUUCGACCCGUGCAACCUGUGCCUCAAGAGCCGUGUCAGGAUGGGAUUCAGAGAUAAGGAUUUGCCUAAGACAUCGCAACAGGGCAGUGUCAUUUCCGCCAUCCUCACUCCCAGCUGCGGCGGUAGUGAUCCCCUGCUGACAUUGGCGUCCUACCUCAACUGCCUCACCAGGCGGACGCCGCGCACCACCGGGGAGCUUGUGUCGUACUUCCAUCAUUUCGGGAAUGAGCUGCACGAGUAUGCUUUGAAGGCACUUUCUUCACUAGGCACUGCCAUCACCAAGUCACAUGCCGACUGCCCUGACUGGGACUGUCUUGGUGCCUCCGACCUCCAAGCUGUCAGUGGCCUCCGAGGCUCCGAGGCUCUCAACAUGAUCUCCAAUAACAACCACGACAACGAGCAUCCCAAGACGCUGUCUACACUGGUUGGCUGCGGCAGUGACUUUGCCAACUGCCGACCACACUGCCCGCCCAUCACCUACCGGGCCUACGCCCUGUACUCCCAGAGCUUUGUCCACACCUACCUCAGCUGGACGGUGUACCUGCCGGACAGACUGCGGGAGUCACUUGAAAAACUGCACUAUGAACUCAAGAAGCAUGAUUUUGCCAAGUGCACAUCCCUCCACCUGUGUUCCACUGCCCUUCCCCUCCUCUACACUCACGGGUUCACGCCACCGGAGGGCAAAUCGCAGUCGACAGUCAAGUGCUAUGAUGUUAUGAGUAAACUGAAAGAAAUUGUCGAUGGCAAGCCUAUCGCAUCACUCAUGACCGCCAUGGACGAUUUCCUCUACGGCAUCCGGGAGCCAUUCAUCUACACCAUCGUCGCACUCUGGUCUCUCGCAUUCCUCGUCUUCGCCAACACGAUGCUGUACCGCCUGGACGUGCUGCGUAUACGAUCACACCUUAUCCGCACCAAGGCUUCUCACCACAUCGACGUCAAGGCCUUACUCACGAAAGGCCGGAAGAUGCUCUCACUUUACAAAGACGUCGACUACUUCGACGAGGACCCUAUUGGUUACCUUGGUGUUACGCACUAA